UCUAGCUCAACCCUAGCUCCCUCCCCCCUUUCCUCGAUCUCCUGCUUCCACCUCCGAUCCAUCGCCAAGCCCCGCAUCAAGUCCACGCGAAGCGAAGCCCUAGUCCAGCUCGAGCGCCAUGGCUGCCGGCAAGCGACCAGCUGCCGGCCACGGGACGGAUCAAGAACCAGAAAUCUCCUGCUGCAAGAGGAGGCGCGUCCGCAUCGGCAGCACCGCGGCCUUCGAGUUCGAUGACACGCCCUGCCUCGGCGAGGGCAGCUUCGGCGCCGUCCUCAAGGCGCGCCACCGCGUCACGGGCAAGACCGUCGCCAUCAAGGUCCUCCGCUGCAGCGGCGAUCUUGUCACCGCCAACAAAGAGAUCCAGGACGAGGCCGGCUUCCUCGAGGCCUGCACCCCGAACACUUACGUCGUCGGCUCCCACGGACUCUUCCGCGACCCUGAGACCUACAACCUCUGCCUCGCCAUGGACUACGUCGGGCCCAACCUCCACGCUUUCUUGUCCGAGAGGCCGCCGCUACCGGAGGCCAUCGUGAAAGCCUACAUGUGGCAGCUCCUCACCGGCGCCAACAAGAUGCACAACCACCGCAUCCUCCACCGCGACAUCAAGCCCCACAACAUCCUGGUCGGGGAAGGAGGAAAGAUCCUAAAGCUCUGCGACCUCGGGCUGGCCAUGUCCUUGAAGAACGCGAGGAAGCCGUACGAGUUCGCCGGUACCAUGCCCUACAUGGCCCCCGAGAUGCUCCUGGGGAGGCCGGACUACGACGCGGGCGUCGACGUGUGGUCGCUGGGAUGCGUCAUGGCCGAGAUGCUGACCGGCAGGAUGCUGUUCAAGGCCGACAAGAAGGACGACAGGGCCGCCCAGCUCUCGGCCAUCUUCCGCGUUCUUGGCUUCCCGGACGAGAGCACGUGGCCGGACUUCGUCGCGGCCGAGGUGCCGCGAGUGUUCUUCUCCGCGCAGGCGCAGCAGCACAACACAAACACGCUGGGAAACCUCUUCCCCCGGGAGACCUUGUCCCAGGACGGCUUCCAAGUCUUGAAAGGGCUUCUCGAGUGCAACCCAGCUAGGCGGCUGACGACGGCCGCCGCGCUCCAGCUCCCGUGGUUCGAGCCCAAGCUCCCUACCCCCACCGACGACGUGUCAAAGUCGUUGCCGCCAGUAAGGAACGUUAUGCGGAUCAAGAUCGUGUCGGCGGGGACACUCAAGAAGAAGACUGUGCUGCGGAUCAAGUUCACUCCGCCGGCGACACCCAAGAAGAACCUUGGGCGUAUCAAGAUCAUCCCACCGGCGACGCCAGGAACGAAGGAGAACCUGCUGCAGCGGAUCAAGGUCAUCCCACCGGCAACACCACAGAUGAAGAACGUGCUCAGAAUACCACUAGCGAUGUGGAACAAGGCCAUGUAGUGUAGGCGUAGCUAGCUAGAUGCUUGCUAGCAUAUGUGCUUCCCGGUGCAAAUCCUAGCAUGAAGAACUCCACGUACGGUGGUGGUUUUGUCUUUCUGCUGACUUUUUGAAACCUUGUACUGCUAAUUUGGAAAGGGCUUGUCAUCGCCGCCCCUGUCCAUCUAGCUAUAUGUAAUUGCUUGGAGAUGAGAUGUCCCUCGAACUGAGCAUGUUGUAAAUCAGUCAUGUUUAAUACUGUAUAUAUCAUCAUCA